UUCAAAAUAGCGUUUGCUGUUAAUCUGCAUGUAAAUCCAUCUUUUUAUUUAUUUAUUCGCUGAAGAUGACGGGUUGUUGUGCGCUUGGAUGCACAAAUAGACACAGCAAGGGCUUCAAGAUGUACAGAUUCCCUUCAGAUCCAAACAGAAGAAAAAUUUGGGAAAAUAAAGUCAACCGUGUGGGAUGGAAGCCGACGACAUCGUCAAAGCUUUGCGAGGCACAUUUUGAUCCUCAUCAGUUUGAAAAUGGGCGUGCUGAUCAGAAAAAGAAGCUGAAGAAUUCUGCAGUGCCUACCAUCUUCUGUCAGCAAAGAACCCCAAAGUCACGAAAGUUUCCAAAAAAGGGUGGUCAGCCUACAAAAGGAAUACGUUCACCCAAGCAACAUGUGACACCUAUGCUUGAAGACCAUAACUAUGUUGCUGGCCCACAACUUCAGAGAUGUUCAGUUUCUUCUGAAGGCAGAGCUUCUGAAUCUGAAAACAUUCCAGCGCUAUGUGGAAGGUGCAGAACUUCAAAACGCCAGACAAAGAUGCAGACUCAAAUCAAGGGACGGAAAGCUAAGUUCCAUCAAACAAAGAUGAAGUACAGAACAACUGUUACGGCAAAGGGGAAACAAGAGGCUAAAAUAUCCAGACUCUUCAGGAGGGACCAACUUCAAAGCCUAUCCAGAGGGGGAAUACAAGAAUGUAAAUGGACCACAGGUGAUGUGAAAAAAGCUCUGCAAUUGAGAUUCGGAGGUGGUACUGCACUUCUCCUUGAGCAGAACUUCCCUCUCGAAUCAGAUAGGACAAUACAAAAAAGAAUGGAAAAGAUGCCCUUUGAGCCAGGUGUAUUGGCACAGGUAUUUGAUUUUCUGCAAAUUAAAGUGAAAGAUAUGCGAGAAGAGGAGCGUACAUGUUGCCUCACUCUUGAGGAAAUGUCACUGACGUCAAAGGUAGAAUUCGAUCUAGACAGUGGAGAUUUGUUAGGAAAUAUAACUCUUCCUCAACACUCUGGGAAUGCAGAUCAUGCACUUGUUUUCAUGUUGGGAAGCAUCACUAGUCACUGGAAGCAGACAGUCGCCUACCACUUCACCGGCAGCUCCACAGAUGGCGCUGUUUUUCAUGACAUCGUGUUGGACAUCAUUCAGCUGGCCUCCAACAUUGGUUUACAUGUAGCAGCUGUUACUAGCAACAUGGGUAGUGCAAAUCGUGCUAUGUGGACGAGCUUUGGAGUUGUCUGCAGUAAACAUAACAGUGUCAACAGAAUUCCUCAUCCUCAAGCAAGUGACAUGUGGCUCUACUUUCUAGCCGAUGUACCUCAUGUUUUCAAAAACAUUAAAGCUUCACUCGUGAACGGCCAAACCUUCACGUUGCCAGACAGCCUCGUCAGGGAGCAUGGGCUGAAUUCGCAUCAUGUGAGCAUUGAGCCUUUGAAAGACCUUGUUGACUUUCAAGAUGACCUGGACUUGAAGCUUGCACCAAAGCUUACAAAGGCAGCUCUGACCCCUACUCAUUUUGACAAAAUGAAAAUAGGGAAUGCAACACGCGUACUAAGCCGUGACAUUAGCAGUGCAUUAAGAUAUCUUGUGGAAAGAGAGGAGCGUGACGAGAGCUACCUAACAACCGCAUGGUUCAUCGAACUCAUGGACAAAUGGUUUCAGCUAAUGACGAGUCGCCAUCCAGUGCUUGCACUGAGCAGGUUAAAUGAAGAGAAGUACCAGGAGGCUGUCACCUGUCUUCAAACUGUGAUCUGCUUGUUCAAUGGGGCCAGAAUUGGGAAUGGAGACUGGAAGCCACUCCAGACAGGGGUUGUCCUGUCUACAAUUUCAGUACUUGAACUGGCGGAAGAAUUACUAGAUGCUGGAUACAAAUUCCUGCUGACAUCCAGGCUAACACAGGAUUGCCUUGAAAAUAUCUUCUCCGUCGUGGGUUUGAGGAAGCCAGUACCAUCUCCAUUGGAGUUUAAACAUGCACUGAAACUGAUAAGCAGCGCACAGUUCCUUAGUCAAAUGCGAACGGGUAGUUCCCAACAGGAUGAUGGAGAGUUUCUUGCUGACUUCCUCGAUCAGCAUUCGCGGGUCCCGUGUGAACUGAACACUGAAAGCAUCAGAUUCUUAGUUGACCAAGAAGGGGUACCUGAACUUGGGCAGGCUGAGCGUGAUAGCCUGUAUAAUUUGACAGGAUACUGUGUGAGUAAUGUAAGAGCAAAUGAAAAAACAUGUGAGUCAUGCAUCCAGGCAGUGAUGAAAAACUCACAUGACAAAGCACACCAGGCCUCAAAGCUUACCCAACUAAAAGAGUACGAAGAAGGAAACCUCAUUAAGGUGUCUGAUUCUGUGUUCGACAUGGUCUACAGAGUUGAACUUAUGUUUCGUAGGGUAGAGAACGGCCUCAUGAACAAGAACAAUGUCAAGAAGAUGUUGAUGGAAAAGGCACAGGAACUGUGUUCUGACAUUUCUCUACCAGCAUGUCACAAUCUCAAGGAAAAACUUAUAAGUAAUUUCUUCAAUGCACGACUGCAGUUUUAUUGCAGGAAGAAAACAAGUGAACUAAAUCAACAAAGGGGGAGAACUUGGAAGCAAGAGUAUAGUGAUGAGGAAACUGGCCAAGAAAGUAAAGUGAAUGAUUUUAUUGGAUACGCCGCUGCUGUAUAGAGACAACUACAAAUAAUUCCCGCAGCAUCAUUGUAUCCUCAAUAAAAACAAACAAAAAAGCAAAAAACAGAACAAACUGGAUGCUACACCAUCGUCUCCUGCAGACAGAUGGAUACCAGGACAAGGGUGUUUGGAAAAGAUUACAUUUCACCUCCUCACAUGCUCAUUCAGUUGCAUCUGAAGUUGACAGAUGUCACAAGAAUUAAUUUCCAUUUUAUUCACAUUGAAGUGCACACUGCAAAUGAAUAUUAUGCCAACUCUCAGAUCAUGAUUGCUUUCAGUACAUGAAUUAUCUUUUUUUUUUUUUCCUCUUGUAUUUUUAGUUGUUUUUUUCCCUAACCUGUCCAGUGUUUGUGCAGUGACAUUACAUUAUACAUGCAUAGUCAUAGUGCACUGUGCACGCCACGGAGUAGUUUUGACUGUUGAACGCUCUAUUUGCAAAGUAAAGGUCAAACAAUGUCGACGUCCAUUGGAUUCUACAGCAUGUGACGUAUGUUACGCCGUAAUGUGACAACUAAGCAUGACUCGUGCAAACUAAUCUUUUUUAAGACCCUAUUAACCAAUAAUUUGCAUCACAUUUCUCAUUAGAGCAACUUUAACUCUUGACCUUUGUACAAACUGAAAUUGACCUUUGUCACCAUUCUUGCUGUUU